AUGGCUUCAAGGUCACUUGUUUGGAACAAGGCUCUCUCUAAGUGUAAUAAUGAACUAAUGGAGUUUAUUGCAUCAAUUAGAGAAACUCAUACACAAUUACAAGCAGCUGCAGAUACUUGGUCAACUAGUAAUCCUUCGUCUGUCGACGAUAAGGAAUUGUAUGAGAAAGCAAUUCCAUCUUUUAAUGUCUUGGGGAUAGGAAUAACAAUGGGGUAA